GUGCCUUUUAUCUUGCUUCGCGCGGCUACAUGCCAUUGCGUCGCGUUUCCAGGUUCCGCUAUCUGAACUGCUAUGACCAUCACCAGGAAGAUAAUCCACCUCGUCGAAACCCCUGGCUCUGAAGCUUUCCGUGAACGACAUCAGUGGAGUAAUGAAGAUCUAGAUCCUACGUCUAAGACGGAGAGGACCUGGAGAUGGUACGAUUAUGUCUCCCUCUGGUGGGGUAGCUCUUUUAACGCGAAUGGAUGGGCAUCUGGGUCCUCCCUCAUAUCACUCGGUCUGAGUUUUGAGCACGCAAUGGGUGUAGCCAUCAUUGGUUCUGUUAUUACUUCCAUUGCGAUUAUCUUUGCCUCCCACCCCGGUUCAGUAUUCCACAUAGGAUACCCGGUCUACAUCCGAUCUUCAAUGGGUGUCUAUGCUGGAUAUUUCUUCGUGGCUCUUCGUUCCCUCGUUGCUGCCGUCUAUUACGGGAUCCAAUCAUAUUAUGCCGGUUGUCUACUCAGCAUCUGCUUCAGAUGCAUUUUCGGAUACAAGUGGAUAACCAAGAUGUCCCUGUUUCCAGAUUCCGCUAACAUCACCGUUCAAGUGUUUGCCGCCUUUAUGAUUUACUAUAUAAUCACGAUCCCUUUAAUGUUUGUUCAUCCCCGCGCGAUCAGGUUGGCGUUUGAAAUCAAAGCCUUUGUCUUACCUCCUUGCGCUAUCGGACUCUGCACCUGGGCAAUCUAUACCGCUGGCGGACUGUCGAAAUCUACUCUGGCGACAGAUACCAAAGUUUCCGAAAGCGAGAUAGGAUGGGCUUGGAUGCAGGGUAUCAAUGUCGUUAUGAGCGGUAUUUCUCCGAUGCUCAUUUCUCAACCGGAUCUCACGCGAUAUGCGAGAGCCCCUUUCGAUGCAAGUUAUCCCCAGGUGAUAGCUGCCUUCCUUGUCAAAGUUUUGAUAUUCUUCCUAUCCAUUGGUACUACAUCCGCGAUUCAAAUACUGUAUGGUGGUUCGUCUACGUGGAAUCUGUGGGAUCAGCUCGACUUAAUCCUUGAUCAUAAUUGGAACGCUAGUGCACGCACUCUGUGCUUCCUUGUCGCUAUCACUUUUGUAGGAGGCACCGCUCUUACCAAUAUUAGCGCCAACUCCAUUCCGUUCGGUGCUGACAUUACUGGUAUCUUUCCUCGCUGGUUCAACAUCAGACGAGGGCAGGUCCUUUGCGCGAUUUUAGGUUUGGCGAUCACUCCAUGGAACUUCCUGACAAAUGCAGCCCAAUUCUUGACAUUCCUUGGGAGCUAUAACGUCUUUAUGGGUUCUUUAAUGGGCGUCAUGUGGUGCGACUAUUUUGUUGUGAGGAAGGAGAACUUCCACGUUCCUUCCUUGUACACCACAGAUCCUUCCGCACCGUAUUGGUAUGGUUUCUUUGGCAUCAACUGGCGAGGGAUUCUUGCCUGGAUAUGCGGGUCCUUUAUUCCGUUCCCGGGACUAAUUGGAAGCUACAACGAAAACUUGGUUAAUAUCAUUGUCAUCAGAAUGUUCAACAACGGGUGGAUUAUCUCAGUGGCCAUCAGCAUGACGGUUUACUGGGCUACUUCUACUCUAUUCCCAGUUCCCAUUUAUCCCCCCGAGUAUGCCCACAUACCGGUCACAAGGGGUUUUUUGGGGAGACAAAGUUCCUCUGGCGUAUUCCCCGAUGAAAGAUGGGCUCCGCCAUACGCGAGAGAAAUGUUAAACCACGAGGAAGGCAAUGUCGAUAAGUUAUCAGAGCCUCGUAGGGAUGGAGGCAGUCUGGAGAAAGAACCAUGAGAUCGUGACGGCUGCUCGCGACGACAAGGUACGUCUGUAGAAAAUAUUGUUUCAUUUUAUGCCUCGCUGUUAUAUUUUACACACCCCUUGUUACGUACUGCUGCUAUCCUACAUAUGCGAAAAUACGGGAGACAAAAAUAUUCUAG